UCUGAAAAAAACUAAUCUGUUCAUUCCUUUACGAUUUGAUCCUUACUUUCCCUUUCUUUUUUUUCCUCUUAUAGCUCGAUUUGACAAAUUCAUUUGGAUAUGGCAGCAGCAGCGAUAUCUAUUUCUCCCUUCCACAGACCCACCUGCAGUUUCAAUUUGGGUCCUUCCUCUGCUCCCGCUCCCGCUCGAAAUCGAAGUUGGAGUUCAAUCUUCCCUUUCAAUCGGAGGAGAUUCUGCUCCCCUAAUAAAACUAUGGCCGAUUUAGUCAAGACCCACGCUUGGAGAGACGGUGACGGCGAAGAACGGUUUCAGGCGUUGGAGCAAGAGGCCUUUAUGAAUAAUCCGUCCAACGAUUUGGUCUCAGGGAUCAACGCCGUCGCUAAUCGUCUGAGCAAAUGGGUUGUCGCUGCUCUGUUUGGGUCGGUUCUGCUUCUACGACAUGAUGGUGCAGCCUUGUGGGCUGUCAUUGGCUCCGUUUCCAAUUCCGCACUUUCCGUAGCUCUCAAGCGCAUCCUUAACCAAGAGAGACCUGUUGCAACACUUCGUUCUGACCCUGGCAUGCCUUCUUCUCAUGCUCAAUCCAUUUCUUUCAUCUCUGCCUUUACCCUCUUCUCUCUCAUUGAGUGGCUUGGAACCAAUGAACUCUCUCUUUUCCUCACCACCCUCAUCCUCGUUUUGGCUUCUUACUUUACAUGGUUAAGGGUUUCCCAGAAGCUUCACACGCCCAGUCAAGUGGUGGUAGGUGCAAUCGUGGGCUCUCUUUACUCCACCUUGUGGUACAUUACCUGGAACUCACUUGUUCUCCAAGCUUUUGCCUCAUCAUUCUCCGUACAAAUAGCUGUCUUUACAGCUGCUGCUGCGUCUGCUCUAGGUUUUGCAGUUUAUGUGCUACUUAACUGGUUCAAAAAUGACAGAUAGACAAACAAAAUAUAGUUAGAGGGUUGGAUUGUAAAACUAUUCCUUUUGUUUCCCAUUUCACUCAAUACUGUUUGAGCUGUAUAGCAAUCAAUAUUAUUAUUACCACACUUGUA